AAGUUCGUCGUGAACGUGUAGAUCGCAGUUCAUGACUCGCAAACGACAAUUGUUACGACGCCGCAGGAUGCUGCUCGGAUGAAAAGAUUUCCCAGGCAUCAACAACAUUGAUUUUUGCCGGGCCUCGUUCACCGUGUUGUGACAAUGUCUAAAAACCCGAACCAUAUGAGACCUCCGAGCCCUUGGAGCGUCCCUGGUGUCCCCUCUUCUUCCCAUCUGGUUAUUACUGAGAUCCGCGGAAUGCCGUUUACACCUGACGAAGAGCUUGACCUCGCGUUCGAUCCAUCGCUGAUCUCGCCCGACGUGAAGAGCAAGAUGCCUCCUGACCUGCACAUCCGCCCACUAGCCUCGACGGACUACCACCGCGGCUACCUCACCCUCCUCUCCGUGCUCACCACCACCCCAGACCCGGGCGAAGCCGCCUUCGUCGCCCAAUUCAACGCGAUGCGCGAGACUCCCCGGACCUACUUCCCCAUCGUGGUCGUCUCCAAGGCCUCAGACCGGAUCAUCGCCAACGGCACGCUCUUCAUCGAACGCAAGUUCGCACACAACACUGCCUCGGUCGGGCACCUCGAGGAAGGCGUCGUCGCCGAGGACUAUCAAGGGAAGAAGCUCGGCCCGCGCGUCUUCCAGGCGCUGACCUACGUCAGCGAAUCCCUGGGCUGCUACAAGACGAUCUUGAACUGCAGCGAUAAAAACGUGCGGUUUUACGAGAACUGCGGGAUGGUGAAGAAGGGGAACGAGAUGGUCAAGUAUGCCCCGGAGCGAACACAUACCCCGAAGCUCUAGAGGGGAAUAUCCUAGCCUCUCGGACGGUGCAAAAGUGAUCAUCCUUGAGAUGAUCAACUAAAGGAUCACAGGACAUUGCGCGAGGAGUGUGACGAGAUUCUUCAGUCGCAAAAAACAGCGAGCGGAGAUUUAAUGGUCGAAAUCGGCUCGAUCCAGGAGUAAGGAAACUGGCUCGUAGAGGGAAUCUUGUAUAUUUCGAUCGCAAUAGGAACAGGCCAUGCCAGACUCAAGACAACGGACGGAGGAGGAAAGUUCCUAGAGGAAUCAGGAUAAGGCGAGCUUAUCCCAGCAAUCUGGAUAUCU